UCUCGCCAUACCCGUGCAGGGGGUCCUUCUGGUAAUCGAGGGGGGGAGAUUGAGAUAGAGAGAGAGGGAGAGGGAGAGAGAGAGAGAGAGAGGGAGAGAAGAGAGAAGAAGAAAAGAGGAGACACAAGACGCAAACACCCAACGCCAUUGAAAAGAGGUUUUGUGUCUCUUCUAGCGAGCAAAACAUAAAAUAUACUCUCUGAAAAGAAGAAAAGAAAAAUCGAUAAUGGAGUAUGAGAGUAACAGUUGGAUUUGGGAUGGGGUCUAUUACUGCCCACAUCUCUUUGGUGGACUAAUGCUCACCGCUGCCUUGCUCGGGUUGUCCACGAGCUACUUUGGUGGGACUGGCAUCUUCUCUUUACCUUAUAUGUGGUCUGAUUUGGGGCUCUUCCACAAGAAAAGACGUGAGAAGAAGCGCAUUCGUGUUUACAUGGAUGGCUGCUUUGAUCUUAUGCAUUAUGGCCACGCCAAUGCCUUGAGGCAAGCAAAGGCUUUAGGUGAUGAAUUGGUGGUUGGUGUUGUAAGUGAUGAGGAGAUUAUUGCUAACAAAGGCCCCCCUGUCUUGCCCAUGGAAGAAAGGCUGGCCCUUGUGAGUGGACUGAAGUGGGUGGAUCAAGUUAUUGCCAAUGCUCCAUAUGCAAUUACUGAGCAAUUUAUGAAGACUCUAUUCAAUGAGCAUAAGAUUGAUUACAUUAUACAUGGUGAUGACCCUUGUCUGCUUCCUGAUGGAACUGAUGCUUAUGCUCUGGCUAAGAAAGCUGGCCGCUACAAGCAGAUAAAGCGCACUGAAGGUGUCUCCAGCACAGAUAUUGUAGGGAGGAUACUAUCUUCUGUGAAGGAUGUGGAUUGUUGUAAAGAGCACAAUGAUGUGCCUUUGUAUGAAGAUCCUCAGAAGGGAAGCCAAUCCAUGGCUGCCCACAUCUCUCAUUUCCUGCCAACAUCUCGAAGGAUUGUGCAGUUUUCAAAUGGGAAGGGGCCUGGACCAAAUGCUCGUGUAUAUAUCGAUGGAGCAUUUGCUUUUCAUGCAGGGCAUGUGGAGAUCUUGAAGUGCGCUAGGCAGCUUGGUGACUUCUUGCUAGUUGGUAUCCAUACUGAUCUGAUUGUGAGUGAGCAUAGAGGGAAGCACUACCCUAUCAUGCAUCUACACGAGCGUAGCCUUAGUGUUCUGGCUUGUCGGUAUGUUGAUGAAGUUAUCAUUGGUGCACCUUGGGAAAUCACAAGGGACAUGCUCACAACUUUCAACAUCUCUUUGGUUGUGCAUGGGACAGUGGCGGAGACCACCUCUUUGUUGCCUGGUGAGGCGGACCCAUAUGCAGUUCCUAAGAGUAUGGGAAUUUUUCGGAUGAUAGAAAGCCCUAAAAAUAUAACCACAACUUCCAUUGCCCAAAGGAUAGUUGCCAAUCAUAAGGCUUACAAGAAACGCAAUGCGAAGAAAUCAAUGAGUGAGAAGAAGUAUUAUGAGGAGAAGACAUAUGUAGCAGGAGAUUAGAAAGCACAAUAAUAUUGGCUGGCGAGCUUAUUACACUAUCUGUUCAACCUUAACCUGAGGUAGAGUCUUUUGUCGUUCAAGUUACAGACUAGGUCCUGUGCUUGAUGUUGGAGCACUGACUGCACAAGGAAUCGGAAUGUUAGAAGUAUGCUCUCAGGGCCUCAAUGACCAUAUCUAUUCCCAUAUAUUGAUGAAAUACUUUUGGAAUAGAGAUGUGAAUCUUCAGUAAUCUGUCGAAAUAGUGGAGUUUCACAUUCUUGUAAACUAUUUUAAUUUUUACUUAAUAUUUUUGAGGCAUUUUUUUAUUGAUUUAAUCUGGUGUAACCGUGUGGCUGUUUGAUCUUGUUAAGUUUCUCUUCAUUAAUGUGUUUUUUUUUUUGGUCGGAAAUAAACCAGAGAGAGUGGCAACAAAAGGUCGAUGGCAAUUUUUGAGUCACUUGUAUUGCAAUUGAGAGUGUAGAAUUGAAGUCUAUGUACUUUGUUAGAGAUGGGAGUGGUGAAAUAUGGUCCAA